UCAAGCAUUGGCAGGCUAUGUUGGAGCUGAGUAGCCUGGGAGAGAGUAGCCUCACUGACGAGCAGUUGCUAGAAGACAUCAAGCUGUCACCCUGCUGACUCCAACUGGGCAAGACGGUCAAAAUCAUUCAGGAGUCCUGCCUCCUCAGGGGCCAUGGAGCUGCUCACUGUCCUUGCACUUUCUCUCGUCUCCCUCCUCACUUUGUUUAUUCUCAUAUCAUGGGCCAGACAGCACAGAUACCGAUCCCUGCCCCCGGGACCUAGCCCAAUCCCUGUGCUGGGGACUCCCAAAUACAUGGACUUAAGAAACGUCACUAUGAAGUUCCAAAAGCUCAGCCAGGAAUACGGCACAGUUUUCACCAUCUGGAAAAUGUCAGAACCUGUGAUCGUUCUGUAUGGUUAUGAGACGGUGAAAGAAGCCCUUGUAGAUCACCGAGAUCAAUUCAGUGGACGACCAACUAUCCCAGCCAUGCACGCCUUCAGCAAGGGAUACGAUAUUAAUGGACCACGAUGGCGCUCUCUCCGGCGUUUCACCUCAACAACUCUUAAGAAUUUUGGGAUGGGAAAUAAGACUUUGGAGAUGAGAUUAUUGUCAGAGUCCAAGUGUCUUAUCCAAGCUAUGUCAGAGACAGGAGGGAAACCCUUCAACCCAAAAAUGUUCCUGGCCUGUACUGUGGGAAAUAUCAUCAGUUCGGUGCUAUUUGGGGACCACUUUGAUUUCCAGGAUGAGAAGCUGCAGGACCUUCUUGCCUAUACAUCCAGAUUUGUAACAGCGAUCAGUUCUCCACUAAGCACGCUCUGCAAUACUGUCCCAGCUCUUCUGAAGGUCCCCGUCAUCAGACAUCAAGUCCUUAAAAGAACUAAAUUUCUUGCAGCAUUUGUGACAAACUAUAUAAAGGGUCACAAAGAGACUUUGAAUCCGGAGUCACAGCGGGAUUACAUGGACCAUUACCUGAUGAAGAUGAAGGAGGUGGAACAUGAGAUGGAUCGGAAACCCUUCAACCCAAAAAUGUUCCUGGCCUGUACUGUGGGAAAUAUCAUCAGUUCGGUGCUAUUUGGGGACCACUUUGAUUUCCAGGAUGAGAAGCUGCAGGACCUUCUUGCCUAUACAUCCAGAUUUGUAACAGCGAUCAGUUCUCCACUAAGCACGCUCUGCAAUACUGUCCCAGCUCUUCUGAAGGUCCCCGUCAUCAGACAUCAAGUCCUUAAAAGAACUAAAUUUCUUGCAGCAUUUGUGACAAACUAUAUAAAGGGUCACAAAGAGACUUUGAAUCCGGAGUCACAGCGGGAUUACAUGGACCAUUACCUGAUGAAGAUGAAGGAGGUGGAACAUGAGAUGGAUCCAGAUUUCUGUGAAACCAGUCUCCUUGCGAUAGUUUCAGGACUUUUAGCGGCGGGAACUUAUACGAUGACUUCCACUCUAAAAUUCAGUCUGGUGGUAAUGGCCCAUUAUCCAGAGAUACAAGCUAAAGUUCAGCAGGAGAUAGAUGAAUUAACCAAGUCGUUGCGUCUCCCUGAGAUCAUGGACAAGCCCCAGCUGCCGUAUACAAACGCUGUCAUCCAUGAAGUGCAGAGAAUUCUUGACCUGUCCCCAGUUGCGCUUUUUCAUGCCACCACUGAAGAAGUCAAGUUUAGAAGUUACACCAUCCCAAAGGGAGCAAUCGUGAUCCCCUUCCUCACAUCCGUCCUGACAGACCCAUCUCAAUGGGAGACUCCAGAAGAGUUCAACCCCGGGCAUUUCUUGGAUGAGGAUGGACAGUUCCGCACCAGGUUGGCGUUCAUGCCUUUCUCAACAGGGAGGCGAUCUUGUCUCGGAGAGCACAUGGCCCGCAUGGAGAUCUUCCUGAUCUUCUCCGCUCUGCUCCAGAAAUUCACCUUCACACUUCCCCCGGGGGCAAAACGUCAGAACGCAAAAUUUCUAAAUUCAAACAAGCAUCAGAUCAUUGCAUUGGGCGAGAUAUGUGCUGAGCUUCGCUCCUUGUCCAAGUGACCACUUGCAGUCCAGCUUCACGUCAUAGAAGACAAUGAGAUGAAAUAACAGAAUGUGACCAAAAAGUCAAUGAAAAAAUAAUUUCAGUUUGAGUAAUAAUUUGAGUUAAAUGUUUUGUUUUUCCUUUCUAAAACUUCAUUCACACGUCAGUGUUUUGGUCAGUGACUUCCAUCAGUGAUUGGAGCCAAAUCCAGGUCCGGAGCCUCCACAGAGAGAAGGUCUAAUGGAAAUCACUGACGUGUGAAUGAGGCAUAACUUUAUUGUGUACAUAUUGGAUUAGACGUCUUCUAGAGAGUCUGGGAUGAAAUUGACUUCUAUAUAUAGAGUUGAAUCUGGUUUGGAUGAGAUUCUGGGACUGCUACAGAUCUUAGAACUUAGAAAUAUAGUAGGUAUGACAAGUCAGUGAAUCCUUUGUGCCAGGGCAAUUGUUCUGCUUUUGACAUGCACAAUAUAAACUAACUUGCAAACUGAAUAAAAAUUAUACUAAACCUCAA